CUUAUUUGUGGGAUGGUCUUUCACCCAAAUCCUGGCAGAGUCAUCAGAAAGACCUGGAGCUCCUGGUGCUGAUUCCAAGACUCUGCUACUGAGGAUAAAUGACAGUUUUACCUAUGCAUAACUGGAUUUUAGUCAACCAUGAGGUUUAUCUCCUGCCAGUCGACUCUUGUGGCUGUAGCUGUGCUGAGUUUCACCGUGGUGUUCUCAGCUAAAGCAAAGACUACUCACAAACCAAAGUACCUGUACACAAAGAAGCCCAUCCCUCAGGUCACCGUGCACAAACCUGUCACCACCAGYGCACCCAAGACUUUGAAGAUAGUGGUGACUCCAAACCUUGUGCAAGCCCAGCCGCGGCCCCAGCCCCAGCCUCAGCCCACCACAGUGAAGACCACAUACCAAAGUCACCUCUAUCCACCGUACUACAGUGAAAACACAGAACCCCCUGGUGUCGGCCCAGAGAAUUAUACCCUGGAUUACAACGAGUGCUACUUCAACUUCUGCGAGUGCUGUCCACCCGACAGGGGGCCCAGGGGCCUAAAAGGAGAAAGAGGCUUAGCAGGGCCUCAAGGUGACAUUGGCCCUGCAGGUCCUGCUGGUUUACCUGGACCGCCUGGCAUGAGUGGUCCUAUAGGCUUUAAAGGWGAAAAAGGAGACAAAGGUGACAAAGGAAACACUGGUAUUCCAGGGACGCCAGGAAUUCCAGGGAAACCAGGACUAAAAGGUGAUGCUGGCUACAAAGGUGAAAAGGGGGAAAUAGGGUUGGACGGUGUCAAAGCUGAGAAAGGAGAAAAAGGAGAACCUGGCCAGAAUGGUACUGCUGGGGAGACAGGAGAACCAGGACCACAGGGACCCAUUGGACCUCCAGGAACAGCUGUUGAGCUGGGUCCUAAGGGAGAGAAAGGAGAUAAAGGAGACUGUAGUGUAUUUGGGGAAAGAGGGCCUAAAGGUGAACGGGGAGAACCUGGACCUCCAGGUAUUCAGGGUGCAAUGGGAAUACCAGGACUGCAUGGCAAGCACGGCACCCCAGGUCCUGUUGGCAUUCGAGGCGACCCGGGACAUCCUGGACUACAAGGAGAGCCAGGCGUGCCAGGCCCUCAAGGACCACAGGGCAUGCGAGGGUUGUCUGGGCCUAAAGGGGAAAGAGGGUACCCUGGGAUGAGAGGGGAGCGCGGUUUUCGUGGGGUCAAAGGAGCCAAGGGAUUUGGGUAUUCUCCGAAACGGUCUGCCUUCAGUGUGGGCAUCUCCCCAAGAAAAUCCUUUCCUCCUUCUGGCUUCCCGAUCCGCUUUGACAAAAUCUUCUACAACGAAGAGAACCACUUCAACAUUACCUCUAACAGUUUUGUGUGCGUCCACCCUGGAGUUUACGUCUUCUCCUUCCACUUCACAGUGCGCAAUCAGCCGCUAAGAGCCACGCUGGUAGUGAACGGGUUGAGGAAAGUGAGGACGAGAGACUCUCUGUACGGUCAAGACAUCGACCAAGCGUCCACUCUGGUGGUGUUACGGCUGGCGGCAGGUGAUCAGGUCUGGAUGGAGACAUUCAGAGACUGGAAUGGGGUAUAUGCCAGCAGUGAGGACGACAGCAUCUUCUCUGGGUUUUUACUUUACCCAGACAAACCCUGAACCCCACUCCUUUAUACUGACAAUCUGGUCCUCAGCUGGAGUGUCACCACUUGACCACAGUGUAAAGAACACCAAAUGCUAAUGGUGCUAUAAGCUGCUUGAAUAUGGUUUUUAUUUUGUCAUUAUAAUCUAAUUUUUUUCAAGUACCAGUUGAAUUAUGGAGAAAAAAUAUGUUGUCUUGCAUUCCAAAGUAAAAAAAAAGUCUCUGUCUAAUUUAGGUUAACAUUCAAAGUUGUUCACUUGUCCGAUGAAUACUUCCUGAAAGUUUAAUUAAUAAUCAUCCUGUGGUUCAUGAGAUAUUUGUUAUCAGACAGACAAAAGAAAACACAAAACAUAUGAUUAUGUGAUUGUCUGUCUUUCAUUGUGGCAGGUGAUAAUUAACAAUUUAACAUCAGUAAAUCUAAAACCUGCAGACUAAUGAAUCACUUACAAUAACAAUAAAAAAACAACACAAUAAAAGAAACACACAGGAAUUUUGCAGUAUAUAAUGUAAAGAAUAAUUAUGUUAACACUGUAUUACACAGGAUGAGUCAAAAGAGAUGAAAGAAAAUAUGAAAUAUGUUAAAAGCCCAGGAAGUAAUGAGUGAGGCGGCCUAUCUUUUUGACCAUUACCACCAUCUUGAGAGCCCCCAAUUUUUCCAUUGGAAAGAKAUGUAGCAUAUCAAAGACGAUCAGAUUUGUCCCAGAAAUAGAUUGCCAAAAUCAGAUCUGCAACAUUUCUUGUGGUUCAGAAUAUAUCAAGACAAAAAACUCAAACCUUGUAUUUGUCACAGGUACUGAAGAUGGGUGGUAUGUUCAGCAACAGCAACACUUCAAACAGCUGAGUAUCACAGGCAACGUUCUAGUUGUUGCAACGUUUUUGCUAGUAACUUUUGAUAGUAGCAAUCCAUUUUUGAGGCAAUUCUAAUCUUAAUUGAUAUUUCUAAAUUACCAGCUUCCCACAGGAAAAAAGUGCCAACAUGGCUUUCAUGAUGGUGGCUAUAUUUUGGUUAUAGCCUAAAAGRUAGAGUAGCACGUACCUCUUUCCCCCCUCACCCAUUACUUGUUGCGGAAUUUUAAUUUUCCUGGUUAUUUUUUGAGAUAAAAGGUGUCCUUUGACUUUUGACUCACUCUGUAGAUUAAAUCUUCAUUUUAACUUUGAAAUAUUUAUUUAUACUUUAAAGUGUUUUGAUCCCAUGACCUGCUACCAGCUCCAUGCCUGAGUCCUUCAUGUGUGUACACUGACGUGCUUUUGUGGUUUCUGUUACUGUACACCUGCAACUAUCGCCUUGAUUUCCCUCAGUGUUUUUUUGUAUAAUCAAAAAUUAUGUGAAGAAUUUACAUUUGUUUUAGCAUGCAACAUAUUCAGUGUGAUCCAUUGCUAUAUUAUUAAAGGUAUUUUAAGUCUGGUUAGAAUUACUAUCUUUCUGUAAUGUAGAACAUUUCAGCGGUAUCUCUUGGCUUUUCCAUUAUUUAUGUACAAAGUUUUUUCUAUAAGCUAGUUCAUGAAAUGUGUUCAUUGAUAAUAAAGUUCAGCAGAAACACA